UUAGAUCAAUUGCGUGAAGGACUGGAAACUCUUCAUGUGCUGUCAGCAAUGAUGAAGCACCCUCAUGUGUUUCAAUGUCUUUUGUUGUAGAACACAACCCUCUGACUGCAGUUGUGCUCAAGAGUUUGUUAAAAGAGAAGCAUUUUUCUGAAAAGGGGUCAAAUUCCAGGAGAGAAGAAGAAGCAAGUUACAUCUAUUUUUGUCACUAUCUUGAAGAUUUGGAAGGUGGUGUUGUUGAGAAUCUUACUAUUGCGGACUUGCUAGUGUUUUUCACAUCAUGUGAAAACAUUCCUGUUAUGGGCUUUGAACCUACGCCCAGCUUACACUUUAACUGCAUGGACAUCUACCCCACAGUAUCAACUUGUGGACAUGAAUUGGUCGUACCAACUAAAUACUGUGGAGAUGAAGCCAAAUUCAAACAGGCCAUGACUGCUGGUUUGUUGUUUUAUGGAGGCUAUGGAAAGAAGUGACUUCUAUGAUUGAUACAGAUCUAGCACAGCAGUCGUUUUCUUUUAGCAUGCAUACAGAUCCACAAGUAUCAGAAGCAGGUGCAGGAGUGAACAAUUAAAUAUCAAUUAAAGUGUAGUAAUUAGGUAUUAAAGGCUUUGAAGU